CCUUUUUAUUGAUUGAUAUGGCAGUUCAAAAAAGAAAGACGAAACAGCAAGUGAUAGCUGCUGUUGCUAAAGCAGAACAGACAAGCGAGCUCAACCCAAAAACAACAAAUUAUGAAUUUGGAGGACCCAUUGGUGCUUUAGCCAUGGUUGUCAUUCUUCCCGUCAUCGUUCUCUUUUUCGCAACAUGUUGUGAUUCUACGGGUUAUCCUUCCCAAGCAAUUAAAGACGACUGGAAGACAGCUAUUCUUUCUAAACUUAACAAGGACUUUUUAUACAAUCUUUUCGAUCCCAUUGCCUUCCUGAUUUAUGUUGGCUUCGUUGCUAUGUUAGCGAUCUUUUACAUGGUUUUACCUGGUGAAAACAUCCCUGGCAUCACAUUGAGGGAUGGCACAAAACACAAGUACAGAAUGAACGGUUUUGCUUCUUUCCACACCACUUUUUUUGUUGCACUCUACUUUUUAAAGGAUACUGGUCUCAAGCCUCUUUUAUUUGUUUAUGACCAUUAUGUCGGUUUAGCUUUUGCUUCAAUUAUCUUUAGUUAUAUUGUUUCAUUUGCUGUCUAUUUUGCUAGUUUCAAGCGUGGUAAGUUGUUGGCUUUGGGUGGUAACACCGGCAAUGCUAUUUAUGAUUUUAUGAUUGGCAGAGAAUUGAACCCUCGCAUUGAAAGUUUUGAUAUCAAGUUCUUCACUGAACUUCGUCCUGGAUUGAUUGGAUGGAUGGCCAUCAACUAUUGUUUAGCUGCCAAACAAUUUGCUGAUCUUGGUUAUAUUACUAAUGCAAUGCUUCUUGUUCAAUGCUUCCAAUCUUGGUAUGUAAUUGAUUCUCUUUGGAACGAAGAAGCUGUUUUAACUACAAUGGAUAUCACUACUGACGGUUUUGGCUUCAUGCUUGCAUUUGGUUUAUAUACUUGGGUUCCAUUCACCUACACUCUUCAAGCACGCUAUCUGGUGGAUUUUCCUCGUAGCAUUAGUUGGAUUGAGUUUGGAGCUAUUCUGUUCCUCAAUUUUGUCGGGUACUUUAUUUUCAGAAGUGCCAACUCCCAAAAGAACGAAUUCCGUGCUUAUCCUAAUAGCCCUGAAUCAAAGCAGCUUAAAUAUCUUCAAACUAAGGUUGGUAGUAAAUUAAUCACAUCUGGAUGGUGGGGUAUGUCUCGUCAUAUCAAUUAUCUUGGUGAUUGGUUAAUGGCUUUCUCUUGGAGUUUGCCUUGUGGAUUCGCUUCUCCUAUUCCUUAUUUUUACCCUGUUUAUUUUGGUAUUCUUUUACUUCACCGUGAAAGAAGAGAUGAUCACAAGUGCAGAACAAAGUACGGUAAAGAUUGGGAAACUUACUGUAAAACUGUCAAAUACAGAAUUAUUCCUGGCAUCUACUAAUUUCUAAUUUCGCAUAACACAAAACUUUUUAAGUGACGGUUUCACGUCAUAAAAAUAAAAUUAUCAUCACUUUUUUUUUUGCUGCGUCGUUGUACUUUUCUUUUUCUUUUUUA